AUGGCGGAUUGUUCCGGUAAUGGCGGACGUUUACAGUUUGUUCCAGUGUUACCUCCCAUCAUAAAAAGCCUUAACUUUGCUUUCAACAAUCUAACCCACCUCCCUUCAGAUUUCUUCAGUAACGUGACCCAGCUUUCCUCUAUAAAUCUGACGGCCAAUGGACUGGUUUCCAUGGACCAGCAUGCCUUUCGUGGUUUGCGAUCUCUGACUGAUAUAACUCUCGACAACAACUCGCUAGACUUCAACUCCGUGCGACCAGUUCUCAACAUAUCUUCGUUAGGUCGUUUGCAGAUGUGCGACAACUACAAUGUUACCUACAUUCCGGACAACAUCUUCUUGGAGUUUCCUCUACCACACUUGCGCCAACUUGUUAUUGCUGGAAGCACUUUGGGAGUUCUCCGUCUGACUGUUUUCAAACCGCUCAAGAAGCUUGUUUACCUGGAUGUGUCUGAUAGCGAGAUACUGGAUGUCAACGAUUUUUCAAAUGUCCCAGAUGCAAAGUUUCAAGAACUUUUUGAAAAUAAUACCAAGCUGACUACAGUCUACAUGGGUAGUUCAAAGAUCUCAACCAUCACAUCUGAUACAUUUAAAGGUAUGCCCAAUGUUGAGGAGCUAAACUUGUAUUCAAACUUCAUCGAAGACCUUCCAAAUGGCGUCUUCGACCAUCUAAGCAAGUUGAAAAUCCUUCGUAUUGACCACAAUCGUCUGUCAGAGAUAAGGGAGACAACUUUCAGUGUAAGCACUCGCCAACGUCUUCAUCUACUGGACUUGAGCAUCAAUCCCUACGCGUGCACGUGCAAAGUGCAGUGGUUCAAAAGCUGGCUGAUGGACGAAAGAAAAAAGUUUGCAAAAUUUCCGAAAGGUUACAUAUGCGCAUCUUUCUCAUCCAGCAGCAGUGAACAAGUCGGAAAAACAGCUGUCAUGGCGGAUGCCCUUGAGGCCAGCAAGUACAGCAGCAAGUCGACCGAUUUUUCUAACCGACAACCCAUCUCACGACGUUUCCAGAAGGUAUUUUACCAUCAGCACCAGAACCCCGAAAUAUUAACUGACCCAGAGGAAGAACCUUUAGCUUCUGAAUCACAAAACCAAAUUUUCCUAUCACCAAUGGGUUCCUCCAUUGUUUACUUGUCGGACUUCGUGAUUAACGAUCAAGCGUGUCUGUUGAGUCAGUCCACCAGUCUGUUGACGGCAGUUCUGGCGGCAGUGCUGGUGGUGUUCAUGCUGACCUUCCUGGUGCUGUACAAGUACCGCUGGCACAUUCGCCUGGCGCUGUACGAGGCUUUUCGAGGAAACCCGCAACGACAGCAACAACAACAGCAACAGCGACAACCUGAGCGCGAGUACGAGUAUGAUGUGUUCGUUUCGUACGCCAACGAGGACGUGGACUGGGUGAGACAGGAACUCAUACCGACACUGGAAGGGAGCCUGGAAAAGAUUGUUAUGAAGGGAUGUGUUGGUGCUUACAAGACAUGGCGGAUUGUUCAGUUACAGAUGCGUAAUAUCCGAAACAUUACUUUCAUUCCUGAAAACAUAUUUAUUGAAUUUCCGUUGCCAAACCUGCAACAGUUGGUUCUUGCUGGAAGUAACUUGGGAGUUUUAUAUCUCAGCGAUUUCAAACCUCUGAAGAACCUGACCUACCUGGACCUUCACCUUCUGAAGCUGGUCAGAAUGCAUAAGUUUAUUGCUGGUAUUGACCCUGGGACUUUCACAAACCCCUCGCUGGAGAUCUUGUAUAUGUCUGAUAACAACAUUUACUUUUCCCACGACACCAUCAGCUCGAAGAUGUUCGCAGGAUGCCCAAGACUUGUCCUCCUUCAGCUUGAUCACAACAAUUUUGCCAACGUCACAGACACAAAAUUUCAAGAACUUUUUCAAGAUAAUCCCAUACUAAGGAUAGUGUACUUGGGUUAUAACAAGAUAGAAAAUGUCACUAAUUCUACAUUUAAAGGUCUGUCCCAUGUUAAGGAGUUGAAUUUGUAUUCAAACCCCAUCAAAGAUCUUCCAGACGGCGUCUUCGACCAUCUCGUCAACUUGACGAUCCUUCGUCUCGACGACAAUCAAUUAUCAGAGAUAAGGAAGACAACCUUCGGUGCCAGCACUCGCCAACGUCUUCGCCAACUGGACCUGAGCGGCAAUCCCUACGCCUGCACGUGCAGCUUGAGGUGGUUCCGAUCCUGGGUGAUGCACGAAAGACAAAAGUUUAUAAACUUUCCGAAAGGUUACGUGUGCGCUACUGUCUCGUCUAGCAGCAGUGAACAAGUUGGAAAAACUCAGAGGAACGUCACGAGAUACGUUGGGGAGUCAGAUGAUAAUCUUAAAUUGAACAGCAACGACUUUGGUAGAUUGCAAGGGCUGCUUGGUUCAAGCUCUUUCCAAGAGUUAUCAAACAGCCACCAGAGUGAUUUCCUUUUAUCUGAUUCAAAUUAUUUCGUUCGUCGGAAUUUAGAGGGUUAUGUCUCGUUGCCAACUGCGUAUGGUGAAGUUUACUUGUCGGACUUCAUUUUGAGCGAUCAAGCGUGUCUGUUGAGUCAGUCCACCAGUCUGUUGACGGCAGUUCUGGCGGCAGUGCUGGUGGUGUUCAUGCUGACCUUCCUGAUGCUGUACAAGUACCGCUGGCACAUUCGCCUGGCGCUGUACGAAGCUUUUCGAGGAAACCCGCAACGACAGCAACAACCUGAGCGCGAGUACGAGUAUGAUGUGUUCGUGUCGUACGCCAACGAGGACGUGGACUGGGUGAGACAGGAACUCAUACCGACACUGGAAGGGAGACACGGGCUGAGGCUGUGCAUCCACCAGCGAGACUUCCCUGUCGGCGGCAACAUCAUCGACAACAUCAGCACCUGUGUGCACUCGUCCAAGCGUGUCCUCUUUGUGUUGUCGCCGCACUUUGCCAGGAGCCGCUGGUGUCAGUUUGAACUGGUGUUCUGUCAAAACUACGUCAUGGAACGCGAUGACGUCAUAGUGCUGACGCUGCUGGCGCCCAUUAGCGGUCGUGACAUGACUGACGCCAUCUCCGCCAUGUUUAAGACGACGACUUACCUGGCGUGGGGCGAGGAAGACGACGCGAGAAAGGCUUUCUGGGGUCGUCUGGUGCUGGCUUUCCACGACAUUGUGCCUCGACAGGUGGCGUGA